AUCCACAAAGCUCUCACAAUUUGCCACUCAAAGUGGUUUCGAAAGGCUCUUACUGGAGGGCUUGAGGAAACAAAGAGCGGAGUGAUCACCCUGCAAGAUGAGCCUGAGUACGCUGACGCAGUCGACUGCAUGAUAACGUACUUCUACGAGGCAGGCUACAAUGCAUCGAAACACGACACAUCCGAAGCCCUCCUCCAUGCCCAAGUCGCCAUACUAGCGGACAAAUACGACUGCGCGUCUCUGUAUAGGCUUGCAAAAGAAUCAUUUGAAAGGUCCGUAGAAGCGGUCGAAAGCGACGAGUGGCGUGCGACUGCUGCUUUCAUAUACGACUUUACGACGACUGAAGCACCGGCUCAUAGAGAGAUACGUAAUGCUGUUGUUACUGCAGUUGCGAGUCGUUGCUAUUUGUUGAAGUCGACCUUACAGAAUAAAACUGUGGUAGAUCUUCUUCGUUCAAACGCAGACCUCGCGACGGAUCUCCUUCUGGGCAGGCGAUAUGGAACCAUGGUGAAGGAUGUAGGCGAAUAUCACUUUACCUGUGAUCAUUGUCGUUAUAGCCAUUCUGGAUCGCAAAACUGCCCGAACGUGGCUUCUAUGAACGAAAGUGACGGGAGGAUUUGUCCAAAUUGCCGGAAAGGAACUGGCGGAAAAGUGAGUCAUAUGGCCAAAGUCAAACUGUACCCAGCCUUUUCUUGUACGCUAUGCGAUGGAUUCCAUAGCCAUGUUUUAGAGCUUGGAUCUUGA